GAGAAAUCAUCGAUUUAAGGUACAUUGGCAGUGUGCAAAAGAUUUUCAACUGCGUGACGGUUGGCGACACCACUGCACUCGAUGAUCAAGGCAUCGAGCAAGCCCCACGCCGCCAAGGCUGCGCCAAAGAACGCGAUGGACAUGAAGAAGCGGCGGUGGCUCCUGGAAACGUAUUUGGACUCGCGAGACUAUACUGGCGCCAUGACGCUGUUACGAUUUCAAGCCAAGCAUGGAGAACGGUCGCGACUCAACACGCUUUGGACAGCUUACUGCCUCUUCCACAUGGGCGAAUACAUGCAAGCACUGCGACAUUACGAAGAAGUGCUGAAACGAGACGAAGAGGAGCGCUGUGCAGACCCGAGUCAGUCCAACCCCGUCAUGAUCAACAUCGCGUGCUGCUACCUCUACCUGCGUUACUUUGACUUGGCCAAGAACGCCCUGGCACAAGUGAUCGAACCGGACGCUGCCAUGGCUGAUGCGCAACAGCGCCUUCGUCUGCUGCUAGCACAGCGAACCAAAGACACGGGCGCCAUCCAUUCCUUGCUAUACGAGCAGUCUUCAACCGUCUCGAGUCAGCUCGCGUCUGCCGCUGUCCUGUUUCACGAGCGCAACUUCCAGGGUGCCGUGGAUAUUUACAAGCGGCUCCUCGCACGGCACGAGAGCCAUGCUGCGGUGCAUGUGUACCUGGCCAUGUGCUACUACCACCUCGAGUACUAUGACAUAUCGUCCGAGAUGCUCGCCACGUACUUGUCUGCCGUCGACGCGCACAGCAUGGUCGCCAGGAACCUUGCCGCGUGCAACACGUUCCAUUUGGUCGACGGGAUGUCAGCAGAGAAGUCGUUGAAUUUGCGAGGCGACCAGCGGGGGGCAGCAGGCCAUGCGUUGGUGGAGCACAACUUAGUCGUGUUUCGAGACGGCGAACUUGCGCUGAGGCUCUGGCCAGCCUUGGUUGACACUGUGGCCGAAGCACAACUCAACCUGGCGCUGUUUCAUAUCAAGCACGACAAAUUUGACAAGGCAUACGACAUGCUGGACGCUUUUGAGCCUGCCCAGCCGAUUGAGUACAUUGUGAAAGCGAUUGUGCACAUGUGGAUGGGCCAGCAACAAGCAGAGGGAGUCAGCCAGGUCCACCGAGGGGCCAUCACCCCAAACAACGAGCACUUGUUUCUGAGCGAGAAAUACUUUGAAACGGUGGGAGCCGCCUCAACCGAGUGCGACACGAUCCGUGGCCGUCAAGCCAUGGCGUCCCUGUACUUGCUUCGAAAGGAGUUUGCGACGGCGCUUGUGUACUUGAAAUCGAUUGCGAUGUACCAUGUGCACGACGACACAUUCAAUUGGAACUAUGGCGUCGCGCUGGCUGCGACGGGCGGGUUCUCUGAAGGCGAGAACGUCUUAGGCCAAGUCCAAAACCCCCAGUGGAGACAAGAGUACACAUACCUGGCAUGGCUCGCGCGGUGCCACAUUCGGUCCAUCAAGCAGUCUCAAUUGGCGUGGGACCUCUACCUCAAAGUGAAAAACUCGACCGACGCUCUCCAGCUGCUCAAACUCAUCGCGAAUGAGUACUACUUGAUGGCCGAUUACUUUUACGCAGCCAAGGCGUUCGACGUGCUGGAACGGGUGGACCCCGACCCUGAAUUCUGGGAAGCAAAGCGGGGGGCGUGCAUCGGGUACUUUCACAAGGCCGUGGCCGGCAAAUGCGACGCCACCAAGUUGCUGGACGUCCUGGCCAUGCUCGAAGCAUCCAAGCACCAUCAGGGCAAAGUUAUUGCACGGACGCUGCGGGCGUACUGCGAGUCCGCGCACUUGAUUUGAUGAACAAAAGGGAUUCAAGACGGGUUCUUACAAUUGCUACAUCCACAGCAUGAGCAACUACCCCCAUGUCUUGGUGGUGCCUAGCGCGUGCUGAAGCUGUUUCUUGGACACGUUAAACAACGCUUCAAAGAUCCAAUACCGCGUCAUUUGCGACGCCAGCAACGCGAUCGCCACUUCGUCGUCGCGGUCGUCGAGAUGGGCCAUUUGUCGCGGACACUGGCAAGUCCCGACGUGCGCUAUUGCAGACGCCACGGGGGCAGCCACGUACGCCUGAAUCCAGUCUUCCACGCACGCUGCCCCUUUCAAGUAGACUCCUUCCAGCCGUCGAAACGAAACGUGGCUGACGUCGCCAGAGUUCCACCUGGUGAAGAUCGCGGCAAUGUGGUGCUGGUCCAAGUCGAUACUGGGUCGGGUUGGGAUGGCGACGGGGGACACAAACGGGGCGAAGGGCACCUCGACAUGAGUCUCUUGCUUCGAUUCAAGACGUGUGACCUCGUCUGGAACGGUGCACUGGAUCACGCAGCCCUUCAAUAGCGCGGACCGGCUCACAAGCUCCGUAGCUUCAGCCACCCACGCCCGCACGAGCAAGUUGGCCAAAAGAAAAACUUCAAGCGAAAAGUCUUGAAAGCUCGAGUCUUUCUCGAAUUGGACUCCAGUCUCGUCGCUCGCACUGGCGGUAUGGGUGGCUGCAGUGCCCACCAUUUGUGUGGUGGACCGUGUUGGAAGGAAAUGUUUCGGUCGUGGGUCGUCGUCUAAAGCGGUGGACGCCACGACCGACGUGCCUCCAUCGCCCGCCAAAGGAUUCGCAUUUGUAAGGAGCCGAGUGGAUGUAAGCGAUGGAUUUUGAGUCGCCUCGACGGCCGCGUCGACGACGUUCAUGGAUGCCUCGGCUACCCACGCACGUACGAGCAGAUUUGCCAACAAGACGAUCUCCAAUGUCAUGUCGUGCCCCACUUCGCCGUCGGUGGCGAUCGUGUCAGGUAAUCUGGGUGAGAGUGGUGGCUUGGUAGCUGUAUGACUCACAACGUCACCAUGGAGGCCAUCGUGUGGUGACGGCGGUCGCUUGGGCUGUUUUGGUUCGAGUUGAUGCAAGCCCUCGGGCGACGUCGUGGGCGGUGGCAAGUCACAGGUCGUUGUAGAGUCCAGGACUCGUUGCAUGGCGUCCGAAGUCCAUGCCCGCACGAAGAGAUUGGCAAGAAGCACGAGUUCCAACGGUACGUUGUCGGCGGCAGAUGCGCGAGAGGCUUCAACCUCGAUGGGACGACAAGGACAGCAAGUCGCAGUGGAGGACUCGACCAUGUCGAAUGCACAGGGAUGGUUGGUGUCGGGGAGAGCGUUGGGGGCUGGCGUCGAGGCCGCGACUGGCUCACUGGGAGGGGUUGCGUCCAUGAUGCGCAGCAUGGCUUCGGCUGUCCAGGCGCGGACGAGAAGGUUGGCCAGCAACACAGCUUCCAUGGACCCAUGAGCCUCAGUUGAUGUACCAGUUUCGAAGGCGCCGUCGCGUUCCUCGUCGUCGCCGACUGUCCAUGUUUCAUGUCCGCAUGGUGGAUCGAUCUCGGAUGCUAACGCGUUAUAGCCAUCGACGACAGGGAAGGAGUCGCUGGUCAGCACAGUCUCGCAGGAAGUGCCGGCAGAGCACAUGACGCGGAGCACGGCUUCUCCCAUCCACGCGCGAACGAGGAGGUUCGACAGCAGCACUUCUUCCAACGACACAUCGUCGUUCGAUCCAUCCGAUCGGUUGGUCCAUGGACAGUCGGCUGCCACCGGGACAAAUUUACUGCACGUUGGUCCAUCCAAAUGACGUUCACGGCCGUCACUCGCGGCAGACCCGAUGCUGUUGACCGUUGUCUUGUGCGCCGACCCGUCGGGUUGACACCGCUCCACAAUGUUUCGAAUCGCGUCGGAUGUCCAAGCACGCACCAGCAAGCUCGCAAGCAGCGCGACUUCCAACGACUCGUCACUCGUGCUGUCGAGUCGGUCGUCGCGGGAUAGAGCUGUCGACUCGGGGACCUUGGUGGUGUCGAUGAAUCGAAUGGAACGUGGUUCAUCGCCCAGGCCGUGGAGGGACACGUCGUCCACCACUUCGUGGUCAGGAUGCAGCGACGAGAACUCAACAAUUUUGUCCACGGCCUCGUACAACCACAGCCGCACGAGGUGGCCCGUGAAAACAGAGACGGCAACAGGUCGGUCCUCCAGCACAACGUCGGCGCCGUCGUCCAUCGUCGCGUCAUCGGUACCCACGAGCGCCAUCGCCGUGUCAUGGAUCAUGGGUGCCUGCGCGGAUUUCGAAAGGGCCAAGUCCACCACACAAAGCAAGCACUCGUACACCCAACCAUGGACCAAUUGCUUGGCCAUCAUCGAGAUGGCAACCGUGCCGUCGACAGCGUCGUACGCGCUGACUCUACCAGUUUCACUGGGUCCGACACCGUCGACACCCAUACCAUGGAGCAUCUCGUUCGCUUGCCCACGUGGCGAUGAUGGUGACGAGGUAGCCGAGACAUGGCCGUUUGAGCGACAGGUUGAAAAGCGAAGGACCUCGUCCAUGGUCAAGUACACCCACCCUGCGACGAGCUGAGAUGCCAAGAGCGAUACCCGAACGAGGGGCGUCUUCCCUUCAGCAGCCGCUGUGAAGUCGCACGAGUCGACGUGGCGUAGCUCCCCCUCGUCAAAGAACAGGAUUGGGGGGAUGCUGGUCGCAGAAUUGCCUUGGCAACGGAUGCCAUCGUCCACUACGACGACGUUUGCCAUGGACGGCGUGAGCGCAAGGGGCGGCAGCAACGCGUCCGUGACAUUCAGAACGGCUUCCAAUAUCCACGCCUUGGU